AUGAUCACAAUCAAUGUGUUCAUUCUCAACAUGGUGAUGAAUGCUUAUGUUCAAUUAGGGAAACUAGAGAAUGCAAUCCAAGUGUUCGAUGAAAUGCAAGGAAUGGGAAUGAACCCUUUUGUCUCAUCCUACAAUACAUUGAUCACUGCAUACAUCAACCAAGGCCUUUUAACAACUGCAAUCAAUUUGAAACUUACAAUGGAUAAGAAUGGAAUAAGCCCAAAUGCCAUAACUUACAACACAAUAAUCCAUGGAUUCUGUAAAGAAGAGAAACUACAUGAUGCUUUUAAAGUUUUCCAUGAAAUGAAAAGGGAAAAUGUGAAUCCUAAUACUGUAACUUACAACACAUUAAGCACUGCAUGUUCCCAAUCAGGUUAA